AUGAAGGCUAACAACACAGCUAGCCUUUUGAAAGAUGGCAAGGAAUUGAACACCUUCACGAGACCAGCAAGCGACAUGCAAGCUGAGCGUGACCGCACCUCGUUCCCCGUCCGUGAAAUGACACAUUUCUUCAACAAUGGCAAGGAGAACACUGAAUUCCUUGAGAAGCUGUUUGAGCGUAUCCAGCGCGACCCUGCCUUCAACAAUAAAGACUUUUACGACCUCGACUACAAGCCGCUUCGCCAGCGGACUUUUGAGCAAAUCGGCCGUAUGUGGUCGUACCUCGAUGAGCUGGGAGCCGAUUCGCCCCUAGCUCGCCGUUUCCUGUCUCCAUUCGGCAUGAUCAACCCUAGUGCUCAGACCCGUGUUAGUGUUCACUAUGGUUUGUUCGUCUCCGCCUUGCGCGGCCAGGGUACUGACAAGCAGUACGAGUUCUGGAAGAGCCAGGGCUGCCUCAGCCUCAACCGCUUCUAUGGCUGCUUCGGUAUGACUGAAUUGGGACAUGGCUCCAACGUUGCUGAGCUUGAGACCACUGCUACCUUCGACAGGGCUACUGAUGAGUUCAUCAUCCACACCCCCAACACCGCCGCAACAAAGUGGUGGAUCGGUGGUGCUGCUCACUCUUCUAACCACACCGUCUGCUUUGCUCGCCUGAUUGUUGACGGAAAGGACUACGGUGUGCGCAACUUUGUCGUGCCCUUGCGUGAUCCUGAGUCCCACAAUCUGUUGCCGGGCAUCGCUGUUGGCGAUAUCGGCAAGAAAAUGGGCCGUGAUGGUAUCGACAAUGGCUGGAUCCAGUUCUCAAACGUCCGCAUCCCCCGUACCUACAUGCUGAUGCGCUACUCUCAGGUCACUCCUGAAGGCAAGGUUAUCGAGCCUCCGUUGGCUCAGCUCACCUACGGUGCUUUGAUUAACGGUCGUGUCGCUAUGGCCUAUGACUCUUGGGUGUGGGCUCGCCGCUUCCUUACCAUUGCCCUUCGUUACGCUGCUGUCCGUCGCCAGUUCUCUUCCACCGAGGGCCGUGAGGAGUCCAAGCUGCUUGACUACGUGUUGCACCAGCGCCGCUUGAUUCCUCUGUUGGCUCAGGCUAUCGGUAUUGAGGCUGCUGCUACUGAGCUCUACCGCCUGUUCGACGAAGUCACCCACCACCAGGCUUCUUUGGAUACUUCCGACCGCAAGGCGGUGAGCGACAUGGUUGAUAAGACCAAGGAGCUGUUCUCUCUUUCGGCAGGUCUCAAGGCAUUCUCGACCUGGGCCACCGUUGACACUAUUGAUGAGUGUCGCCAGGCUUGUGGCGGUCUCGGUUACUUGAGUGCCACUGGCUUCGGUCAGGGCUUUGACGACUGGGUUGUCAACUGUACCUGGGAAGGCGACAACAACGUUUUGUGUCUCUCCGCUGGCCGGUCUUUGAUCCAGAGUGGUUGCAAGGUUUUGGACGGCAAGCACGUCACCGGUGCCGCUGAUUACCUGGGUAGAAUCAAGACACUGCGCGGCAAGUCUCUUGCUUCCGGCGAUCUCCGUGACCCCAAGGUCUUGGUUGGGGCUUGGGAGUCUGUCGCCGCCCAGGCUGUCAUGGAUGCCGCUGAAGCCUACAAGAAGCUGCGUGCUCGGGGCGUUUCUGACAAGGCCGCCUUUGAGGAGCUGUCUAUUGACCGCUUCAACAUUGCGCGCCUCCACACCCGCUGCUUCCAGAUCAAGGCCCUGUUCCGCAAGAUCGCCAACGCGAACCCUUCUAUCCAGAAGGUCCUGACGAACGUUGGUCUUCUUUUCGCGCUGUGGUCUAUUGAGAAGAACGGAUCGCCCUUCCUGCAGUACGGAUUCUUGACCAGCGACGACAUGAACAAGGUUAUUGACCUCGUAACGUUCUACUGUGGUGAAGUCCGCGACCAGGUCAUUGGCAUUACUGACUCGUUCAAUAUCAGCGACUUCUUCCUGAACUCGCCUAUUGGCAACUACGACGGCAAUGCCUACGAGAACCUCAUGGACAGCGUAACCGAGCGCAAUGUUCCGGGUACUCCGUGCCCAUACCAGGACGCUAUGAACGCAUUCUUCAAGCGCACUCCCUAUGAGCAACCCAGGCUCGAUGAGAUUUAA